GCGCCCGGCCUCUCCGGUAUAAAACCAGGAGAUGGCGACAGCGCGGCAUCAGCAGUCAGAGGAAUCCCAGAAGAAGAACCGCUGAUCCGAACCUCCCGGUGAAGAACCGACUCCUCUUCCUCGGAGCUCCAUCGCCCUCAUCAUGCCUCCUGCCGCGGACCUGGGCCGGACUCUCUGCGUCAUCACCGGGGCCUCCAGAGGCUUCGGCCGGGCCGUGGCCCUGGACCUGUGCCGGCUGGUUCAGCCCGGUUCGGCGCUGGUUCUGGUGGCCCGCUCCGGGGCCGACCUGCAGGCCGUCCAGGCCGAGCUGACCGAGUCCGAGGCGGGCCGAGCCGGCCUGAAGGUGGAGGUGGUGGUGGCGGAUGUUGGGAAGGUGGAGAGUCUGGAGAACAUCAUGAGAACCAGCAGAGAAGUUUUUAACGACGAGAUGGAGAAAAUUAUACUGAUUAACAACGCUGGCUCUCUGGGCGACGUCUCUAAGUACAUGAAGGGGUUCACGGACAUGGCCGAGGUGGACGCCUACCUGUCGCUGAACGUCAGCUCCGCCAUGUGCCUGACGGCGCGGCUGCUGCAGGCCUUCCCGCCGCACGCCGGGCUGCGGCGCUACGUCAUCAACGUGUCGUCGCUCUGCGCCCUGCAGCCGUUCCGCUCCUGGAGCAUUUACUGCACCGGCAAGGCGGCGAGAGACAUGAUGUUCAAGGUUCUGGCCGAGGAGGAGCCGGAGCUGCGCGUGCUCAGCUACUCUCCAGGACCGCUGGACACCAACAUGCAGGUGGAGGCCCGGACCAGGACGGCCGACCCGAGCAUCAAGAAGACGUUCUCCAACAUGUUUGCUCAGGGUCAGCUGCUGACCUGCGAGGCGUCUUCAGCCAAACUGAUGAAGCUGUUGCUAGAGGACAAGUUCACCUCCGGAGAACAUGUGGACGUCUUCGACGUGUAGCAGCUGCAGCUGCUCACUGCCACGUCGUUUAAUUGUAGCGUCGAUGUUGUGAUGAAACUUUAUAAUAUAUGAAUCUUAAUCCUGUCACUGUGGAAGACGGUUCUCCAGUUCUUCAUUUUCAGGUUCAAAAUCAGUGACUUAGCAAUCGGUAUUGGCAAAUCAGAAGUAGAGAACUGACUAGCUUUAGAGAGGCUAGUGACUAGCAAACCAAGGCUGAUCACCUACUAGCCUACCUUCUGUCUCUGCUGCACAUUAGCCUUGGAUUGGAUAGGAUAACCUCUUCAAUGCUAAUGCUAGCCUAGCUAAGGGUCUGCCUAUGCAAGGUUAGACCUAGCCGUGCUAAUUUACAGCAGAAGGUGGCUACCCACUAGGUGUCCAUCCUAGACAUGCUAGUUGUUAGCCUCUCCAAAGCUACGAGACGAUUGGUUAGAAUAGAAGUAGCCUCCUGCUACAAGGAAGUAGCGGCUGCUGGAUCACAAUAGUCUUAAAUUUGGCACUAAUGUCUCGCCUUAGAUGUGAUCAAACUAGAGGAAAACUCAGAACCAGGAUCCAGAACCUGAAGAACUUUCUAAAAGAGAAACUUCUAAAGGUUUUUUCUCUUCGGUUUAUUGGAUCACAGAUGAACCAAACUGAGAAACCAGAGCGGAUUGGAAACAUGAGGUUCUGUUCGGUUCUGUUCUGAUUCUGGACCAGACGCUGCAGUGGAGUCAGUAUCUAUGUUGGACGGCGUCCAGAUCAAACAGAACCUGAUUAUAGUUUAACCGAGUCCAAACAGCAGUUUGGACUUAAAGUUCAACAGGCUGCAGAUGCUUCACCAUGUUGGUUCUUUGGUUCUGGACGGGUUCUGGUUUCCUGCUGACUCAGCUGUUUUUUGUGAAACAUGAACAGUGAAGCUGGAGUUCAGUCUUUAGUAGAAUUUCUGCUGCAGCAUCAGAAACAUUUGGGGUCAAAGGUCAGGCUAGAGGUUUGACUUGCAUGUCAGGUUUUCAUUGUUCACAUGAAACUGGAGGCGGUUUGAAGAAACGAUGUUUCAGGUCUGAAAUGUUAUUUCCUCGUCGCCACUGGAGAUAAAAUGGAUCAAAGUUUUCUUGCUUUAGUAAAAAACAUUCCAUGUUUAUGGUGCCUUAAAAAGGUCAGAGGUCAGGGAACCUUCCAGAGAGUUUAAAUAUUAAUUAUUGAUCUGAUCUGUCAGCAUGUCAGCUGAUAAAUACUGAAGCCAUGAAACAGUGAAGCUAUGGGAGGAUAAUAGUAGCAACAAUGAUGAUGAUGAUGAUGAAGGUUAUUAAAGUUUCUAAUUGUUUUCUGCUUACAGUUUAUUUUUCUAAGAUGGUUUUGAUAAUUGUUGCUUUUGCCCUGAUUAUAGAAAUCAUAUUUUACCAGGCCUGUCCCUUUAAGAGGCGUUGCCGUGGUAACGGUGCGGCCGAUGUUCGGUGACCAUGAUGGGUUCAUGAACAGUGGGUUUUUUCCUCUAGGGUCUCUUAUCUGCAGCCGGCCGACAGGAAGGAGGAAGACAUGCAGUAAAUCUCAUCAGGUCCGGGAAUCGAACCCACGACGGCCACGUCCCGCUUUCCCC